AUGCGGAGGAUGCGAGGAGAGAGUCUUGUGCUUGUGGCGGCAUUCUACAUGCUGAGCGCAGUCCUGCCCUGUCUCUCAGUCUACAGCAGUGGGGAAUGCUACUUCGAUGGAAAAGCAAGCUGUGCGCACCAGGGCCAGGUGUUCGAGGUGGGGGAGAGCUGGCUGACUCGGGACUGCUAUCAGUGCAUCUGCAUGGAACCAUUCGGUGUGGGCUGCUGCGAGCUUAACUCCCUGCCGGUAGAUUAUCCAGACUGGUGUGAAGUGGUGCGGAAGCCAGACUCCUGCAACGUCGUCGUGGUGAUGCGGGCCAAUCGAAAGCUUCCGUGUUUGUAUGGAGGGCGGAGUCGACUACGACCAGGGGCAGGACAGACCCGGAAGUCUGACAACGACCUGUUCUGA